AUGUUCAAUUCAGCAUUUGGCCAACCGGCCACACAACAACAGCAGCCCCAAUCUAGCGGCGGCGGCCUGUUCGGAUCAACUCAGCAGCAGCCUGCGCAGUCCGGCGGUGGUCUAUUCGGUGGUCAGCAACAACAAACUAACACAGGCGGUGGUGGACUCUUCGGUGGCCAGCAACAGCAGAAUCCAGCGCCUUCAGGAGGUCUUUUUGGGCAGCCGCAACAGCAACAGGGCAGUGGUCUCUUUGGUGGGCAGCAACAACAGAAACCCGCUGGCUCCCUGUUCGGGGCGGCACCGGCGACCGGUGGUGGGCUUUUCGGCGGUCAGCAACAACAACAGCCGCAAAACACACAAGGUGGUGGUUUGUUCGGGAGCCUUGGACAAAGUACGGCUAACACCGGUGGUGGACUAUUUGGUCAGACCCAGCAGGGGCAGCAACAAAGUGGAGGUGGUGGACUUUUCGGUGGACAACAGGGAGGUGGGGGACUAUUCGGGAAUCAGCAACAGCAACAACAGCCACAACAGGGAGGUGGUGGACUCUUUGGUGGUAUGCAGCAGCAGCAGCAAGGACAGCAACCAGGAGGUCUUUAUGGUCUCGCACAGAGUGGAGGCAUCUUUGCGGGACAGCAGCCCGGUAAUUCUUUGUUUGGUGGGAACCAGCAGGGCGCUAUGGGAGGGCUAUAUGGGGUUGGCGCGAACCAGAACUCGAUGAUGAUGCAGUCGCAGCAACAACAAGGCCCAAACGUAAUCGUUGAAAAGAUCCAAAGGGUCAAGAAUGCCUGGGAUCCUAACCACCCAGAAUAUGCAUUCAAAUACUAUCUCUACAACCAGGUCGGCGAAGAUCGUGCAGUUCACUACGUCAAACCGCCUAAUGAAGACUUGGCAGAGUGGGAGAAAGCCUGGGCGGAAAGACCAAACAAGGGUUCUGUGCCCGUGUUAGCAAAUGGGUUUCUCGACCUCGACAAGCGCGUGAAGAUUCAAGAAAACCAAGUCAACGUAUUUCGUCAUCGCCUCCAUGAGAUUCAAUCCAAGCUCACAGCCCUCCAAAGUCGCCAUGACCUUAUCACAAGUAUCAAGCAAGAAGACUGUCGCCGUCGGCACAUCGCUCUUGCUCGCAGGGCGCUCUCCCUUGCUGCAAAAGUCCAGGUUCUCAAGAACCGGGGAUACGCGUUACAGACCGAUGAAGAGCUACUCAAAAAGCGACUCGAAGGCCUGGCAAGACAGGUCGGAGAUCCCGCGGUUAGAGGCAGAGUUAAUGAGAUCUGGGCAAGGAUGAUGGUCGUUAGUGAGCAGGCGAGGAAGAUGGAAGAGAGCGUAGGAAAGGUAGAAAUUGUUUGGGAUCAGAAGCAGUUAGAGACGGCUGGAAGGCUCUUGUUAAGCAAUGCGAACGGCUUAGAACAUCUCACCAAAGAGGUUAAGGAAAUCGAAAAAUCAUUCGCUGCAUGGGAAGAGGAGCAAAAGACUCGUCCCAGGGGGUUUUAG